AUGACGGAGUCGGGCGUGGCGUUGACGGCGGCGGCGAUGCCGGGGACGACGACGGCGACGUUUCGAGCGACGAAAUCGGCGCUUCCGGCGAUCGACGACGGGAGCGCGUGCUCGUGGGUUGAUUUGGCGAAGAGUUGCGAGAACGAGGGCGAGACCGUGGGGGUGACGGUGUUCGCGGAUGCGUCGUUCGAGCACGUGGGCGAGCUGCUGACGCGCUUGCACGUGGCGAUGCCGAACAGCGUCGCGCUAGGAGGGGUCGUGGACGAGGGGAGUCUCAUGUUUUUGAACGAUGACGUCGUGCGACGAGGAGCUGUCGCUUUGCUCAUUCGUGGUGAGUUCGAAUUGGACACGCACGUCGCGCACGGCGCGCGACCGGUGGGACCCGUGAUGUCGUUGACUCACGCGCACGACAACGCGGUGUUGGAGCUCGACGAUUCGCCCGCACAUCCGCUGCUGUUGGAAACCCUCGAGCAGUUGCCAGAGAACUCUAAAUCGCUGCCCGUCAUGCUCGGACUCGGGGUGAGUGGCUCUAAAGGUCCGUUCGUGUGCCGCGAUAUUUUAUCCGUGGGCGAAACCGGGGGCGUGGAAGUCGCGUCGAUGGCUUUGCAAGAGGGCGACGUCGUACAAUUACACGUGCGCGACGGGAACUGGGCGAAAGAGCACGCGAAUCGCGUGAUUGAAAAGUGUGCCGAUAGUGCGAAAAAAGUGAGUAGUGAGGAGUUGGGGUCAGAGAACUCGACAGGUGCCAUGAUAUUCGCGUGUGGCAACGGCAACCGAAUGCACGCCAGCAAUUUUCGCGAACGCGUUCCGGGGACGCCCCUCGGCGGCGCGUUCUUGCGCAGCGAAAUCGCGCCCCUUGCAAAAGGUCGUGCGAGUAACGUGCUGUCACACACGAGCACGAUAGGAAUUUACCGUAAACGUAAGAAAUCGGUGUCGAUGUAA